CAGUGCACCGACCCCGUGCCGCCGCAGCAGCAGCAAGAUGGCGGCCCCCUCCGUAGGGUGACGCGUCCCCCCUCCCAGCAGGCAGCCAGUGCUGACGUUGCCGGUGAGUCCGGUCCAGGCCUCGCUCUGACACAGCCACGUCCCCCGGGCAGGUGGAGCCAAUCCGGCAAGGCCGCAGUUCCCCAGACCGAGGCCUGACCCGCAGGAGUCGGUAGCUGAGCGCACACCCACCGGCCUCUAUCCGCCCGCAGCCAGCCAUGUCUCCCCACGGCCCCAAGCUCCCGCUGCCGGCGCUCCUGCCGCUGCUGCUGCUGCAGCUGGGCCUGUGCCGGGGCCUCUACUUCCACAUCGGGGAGACGGAGAAGCGCUGCUUCAUAGAGGAGAUCCCGGAUGAGACCAUGGUUAUAGGAAACUACAAGACUCAGCUCUGGGAUAAACAGGCUGAGACCUUCUUGCCAUCUACCCCAGGUCUCGGCAUGCACGUGGAGGUGAAAGACCCAGAAGAAAAGAUCAUCCUCUCCAGGCAGUAUGGGUCCGAGGGGCGAUUUACCUUUACAUCUCACACCCCAGGAGAACACCAGAUCUGCCUCCACUCCAAUUCUACCAGAAUGUCUCUCUUUGCCGGAGGCAAGCUGAGAGUUCACUUGGACAUCCAGAUCGGAGAACACACCAACAAUUAUCCGGAGAUUGCAGCAAAGGACAAACUGACAGAACUACAGCUCCGAGUGAGACAGCUUCUGGAUCAAGUAGAGCAAAUUCAAAAAGAGCAAAACUAUCAGAGGUACCGGGAAGAAAGGUUCCGACUAACGAGCGAGAGCACUAAUCAGCGCGUCCUGUGGUGGUCUAUUACUCAGACUCUCAUCCUUAUCCUCACUGGCAUCUGGCAAAUGAGACACCUUAAGAGCUUCUUCGAGGCCAAGAAAUUAGUGUGAAAUGCCUACCUCUGUGCCCAUCUGAAUACUGUACUCCACACACAAAGAGAAACAAAAUCGUCUUUCAGUUCUAAUCCCCCCCCUGCCUCCCCUCCCCCACACCUCUACACCCCUGGCAUGUACACCACUGUAUACAGAACUUUAUUCAUAUGCCUACGUAAGGUGUAAGCAGAACAUAGAGCUGUGGGCUGAAACUCUUAAUUACUCAGGGCCCACCUCCUGUUAUCUGCGUUUCUCAUGAUUAGGACAAUCCUUUCCUGCUGGCAGACAAACAGAUGGGAACAUUAGGUGUAAUUGGGGUUUAAAUAAUACAAGAUCAGCCCUCAAUGUAAAAGAGCAAGUGAAGCAGUAAGAAAAGUUGGCUCCAACUAUCUGGAAUUAAUGUGCUAGAUUUCAUGGGCCACCUAACCCAUUGUUUCCAACCAAUGGUAUCUCUGGAGUAAUGCAGCGAAACUCUGAAGACUUUCCAUACGACUUUUUUUUUACACUGUUUCAUAAUCUCUGAAACUGCACCGCGAUUUAUUGAUACGUGGCAAGAGCUCACAUAAUGCUUACGAAGGUUUUUAAAUUAUUAUUCACUUUAUAAAUAUGUAUACAGUUUAGUAAUGGUCAAAACAGAUAGUUUAGGAGUAGGCUAAUUACAUGUACCUACUCUAUGUGGCAGAGCAUACAGUGCUUUGGGGUUUAUCUGCUUUUAGCGGUUACUUGUCUAAUACUGAUCUGAUACUUGCUGGCAGCCUAUAAUAGUUCAACUUCAUUAUAUGUAAUAACUACAUAUAAUAAUGGAUUAUUUUCAAGGAAGACCUGUAAAACAGGGCUUUGUUCCCAUUUACUGCUUCCCCUGUAUAGGGCUUAUUAAAUAAAAUUAACAUAUGCUGUAAUACAAAACAACCAAUCCGGUGAUUACUUUCAUUAGAUAAUGCUGGACUGCUAAAAGUUGGCACUUGAUUGGUUGCUGCAGUUUUUAUUAAAUAAGCCCAUGUCUGCAAUCCUCAAGUUGUCUUCUAUGUCCUUAGUCCAUUGGUUCUCAAACUGUCGCGGGACACUUGCAGGGGUGCCUUGGAUUGGUGGUCCAGGACCAAUUCAAAUUAUUUAUGGUCAAUGUAAUAGGCAAAACCAGUGCUGGUGGCUGUCAGUCAUAAACUAUGUGGACAAACAGAAGUGAAUCUUGUCCCUCACCACAUAAUUGAACCUAAGGAUGACCUAUAUAGACAAUUUACUUACUUUAAUAUUUCUUUCAAAAUUUCUGAAUAAAAAUCUUUAGGCCUAGGGGGGCCGUGAAAAAAAUUCUGAUACUCUAGGGCGCCGUGAUUCAAACAUUUUUGGGAACCACUGCCACAGUCUAUAGUCCUGAUUGUUGACGGUGUGUUAGGUUGAUAGUGGGUGUACCUCAGACACCACACAGAACUGCCUACAGUUGAACAUUUUCUAUAUUGGGCAGUGCAGUUGGUACGGAAUUCUGUCUAUAAAUUCAGUCUGUCUGAAAUCCUGUAUAUAUGAGUGGUACGUGUGAAGAACCAUAGGGGUGGUAAAAAUAUUAAUAAGCCUUUCCUCCUAACUGCUGUUCUGAGGACGACUGGCCACAGUCAGCCGGCCCAAGGUCCAGCAGGAGUAGUGAUUUGCCUGAGAGAUUAUUAGUGACUGUUUAUCCGGUGUAGAAUGGUUUUGCCAGGUUAAAAAAGCUUAAUGCUUCUGUCGGGGGGGGGGAUGAUAAACAACUGGAAGGGCUGUGGGGGUAUUACCACUAAUUCCCGUUACCCACAGUCGUGUAUUGCAGAACUCUAAUGGUUUCCAAUAGUUGGGUUUUUUUUUUUUACAGAUAAUUUCAAAAUGAAUAGUAAUGCUUUUUCCCUGUGCUUUUCUCCACUUCAGUCUCCAAAAUGAUGAUUCUAAUAUAUUUUAUUUUGUAUGUUUGGGAUUUAAAAAAGUUUUGAUUCUGUGAGUAUUUUGAAUUGUAAUAAAGGGGAAUUUUUUUUCCAUGUC